GUAUGAUAUGUGAGCCUAAUCUACAAGUUUUGAGAAGGGGAAAUAGUUUCCAUCAGCACUGUUUUUGUUCUAAGAAAGUGGCAGGCAGACAAUCCCUGGUUUCCUGUGUUUUUUUUCUUUCUUGCACAGAAAAGGUAUGUGUGAUGGUGAUUAAACUGCUUCAGAUAAUUACAACAACAAUAAUAAUAAACAUCUGGCUGUGUGACCAAUCAUAAAUAGGCUAUUAUUCUAACCAAAGAUUGCUUCCGUAUUUUAGGUUCUGUCAACAUGGAAGAAGAUUCAGCAUAUAAUAAUAAAGUCGAAAGUGUAGUUGGCUGUCACAUAGAAGAUGCUGUAACCUUUUGGGCACAGAACAUUAAUAGGCAUAAUGAAAUCUUGAAGACUAGCUGUGCUCUAGCUAAGAUCUGUCCUCAAGCCACCCCAGUUUAUGGCAAUCCUGAUUUUAGCAAGAUAUAUGGAGGAUGCUUUUCUGAAGAUAAAUGCUGGUACAGAUGUAAAGUACUCAAGGUUAUCAAUGAUGAAAAGUGUCAAGUAUUAUACAUUGACUACGGGAACUCUGAGAUCCUCAGUAGAUCAGAAAUAGUUGAGAUCCCAGCAAACUUGCAGUUUCCUAGUAUGGCAAAAAAGUAUAAAUUGUGGGGACUACAGAUUUCAGCUGAUCAAGAUUUAAAUCAAUUUGACCAGGGGAGGAAGUUUCUGGAUAGCUUAAUAUUUGAAAAAGAGAUGAAGAUAAAACAUAAAGCCAUAUAUCAGGAUGGCACCAUUGUUGCCCAAGCAGAAUAUGGCCUCCUGGAUGUUGGGGAAGAAAUGGCUAAGAAAGGUUUUGUUGAACUUUACAAAUCUCCCACAGAAAACAAAUCCUGUGAGACAAAAGUGGAUUCCUUUUUGUACCAAACUAGGAAUGCAAAAACUUCAGCUCCAGCAUGGGCAAUGAGAGGCAACUCUUUAGGAAGCAGUAGAAUAAUAGGAAACUUUGGUGAUGUGUUUCUAAAUGGGAGAGAUGAGAAUAACUCUACAAAUCAUGUUCCUUUGAUCAAAGACAAAAUGGUCACUUGUGAGUUUAAAAGGGUGUCAAACAUUAGCCUGGAAAAAAUCAAACAGGAUCAGAAGUUGUUUGAGGAGAAUGAGAAACUAAAAGAGGAAAAAGAGACUUUCCAAGAAGAAAACCGAAUUCUUUCCCAUCAGUGUGAAGAACUGGAAUCAAAAGUACAGAAACUGACUUGUGAUCUGGAGAAAGAGAAGAAAGCUUACAAGGAAACUCUUGAUUAUAUGGAACAUAUUCUGCCCACAUACGUAGGAACUACAGUGAAAAAUUUGGCUGCCAGCUUUGAAAAACUGAAAGAAGCAAGGCAAAGUCAUGCAGGUGAUCAUUUUGGAGAAGACCUUUCAGAAGCUGUAAAUGUAGUUACCGAAGGGAGCCUUGAGGCCCCUCUGUCCUUGGAAAAGCUGGAAAAGGUUUGGGCAGAUUAUAACAUAUCCCAACAGGAAAUACGCCUUUGCAAACAUGUGGAUGAAGUACAAAGCUUGAUUCUCCAGAGGAAUGAAUUGCAGCAUAAAUUGUACAUAGCUGUGGAAGAAUUUGUUGUGGAAGUGGAUGAUCUGCCGAUUUCUGAGCGCUUACAUACUUUGAAGAAGUUGCAAGGAUCUUUGGAGGUUGCAUAUGGUCAGGCUGAUGAAGCAGAGAGUUCAGAAGAAGUGUUUGAGAAGUUCUUUGAGUGGAAGAAUGCUCGGUUGGAGGAAUUCAGUCGGGUUAGGAAUGCUACAGAUGCUUCCUUGCAAAAUCUUGUAAUAAGUUUCAGCAAGAUAAUUCAGUUUUUUGACAUGGCAUCAGCUGUAUUAUUGAAAUCAGAGGAUGUAGCUGGCAAUAUAGAUGAAGUUCUUAAGAAUGUUGAGUUUGAUAUUUCACAAGAAUUGGACAUGUUUCUAACAGAGCUAGAUGAAAGAGACAAAAUAAUCAUCUUAAAUGUGUAUGGUGUGGUUAUGCAGAAGAUCCACCAAGAACAAGAUCUCUUAAAUACCAUCUAUCAAAAGUAUCUUGAAAGUUGUGAGUUCAAAAAACAGAUUGGGGAGUGGCUGGACAUGACUCCUAACAUUGAUGAUUUGUUACUGAUUAAGAAGAGAAUGAAAAGUAUAAAGGCUCAGCUGAGGUGGAAAUUGGUAGAAAAAAACAACCUGGAAGAAUCUGAUGAUUACAGUGAGUCUGAACUGGCAAAAAUAAAAGAAGAAAUCACUGCUCUACGGGAUAAUAUAUUUCAGGAGAUAUACAAGGAACAAGAAGAAUAUGAAAAGCUUAAUCAUCUAGUUCAAAAAUGGUUUCCUGAGCUGCCACUCCUUCAUCCCGAAGCAGGAAUUUUGAAAUACAUGAACUCGGGCGGUCUUCUCACUGUCAGUUUAGAACGUGAUCUUCUAGAUGCUGAGCCAAUGAAGGAACUAAGCACAAAACAUCCUGUGACUUGCUCCAGAGUUCAAGGACAGAAUGUUCUCCUGAAGGGAUAUACUGUGGAUAUGAAUACUGAAACCGAAGUAAUAGAAAGAGCAGCGAAGUAUCACAAAGUUUGGAGAGAAUUAAGGGAGGAAUCUUGUUUAAUGCGGCUAAUGUUCCUGUUUUUAGGCAAGUCUGAUCCUGUGGCAUAUCUAAUGAUUCCAUACUAUGCUGGAGCAAGCCUGGGCACACUGCAGAUGACUACACCUUUAACCCCAAAAGAAACAUUAAAAGUAAUGAAAGGAGUAGCACAUGGUCUGUGUGCACUACACAGAGCUGAUAUAAUUCACGGAUCGCUGCAUGAAAACAACAUAUUUGCAAUGAACAGAGAACAGGGAAUUGUUGGAGAUUUUGAUUUCACAAAAUCCGAGAGUCAGCGUGCUUUGUCAAAUUCCGUGACUUUGAAUGGCUUGAGUUUAACUUCUCCUGAACUAAAAGAGGGUCGGCCGCCUUCUCCAGCUUCAGAUAUGUAUGCUUUUGGUUGCCUGCUUUACUGGCUAUUUGUUGGAAAGCAAGAAUUGAAAACAAACAGAGAUGGAACUCCUCAAAUGGAUGGCCUUAAUAUGGAUAAUAAAGUUAAAUCUCUGCUCUCACAACUCCUUUGCUGUAAUAAUCGAAUGACUUCAGAACAGAUGUUGAAUGCUGACUGCUUCUUGUCACCUGACAUGAUUUCAGUUCCACUGGAAAGUGAGCUCACUGAAUAUGACCACGGAGAAAAGAGAACAGAAGAUGCUGUUGUGUCUGAUGAAAGGCAGGACAACAAGAGAGAACCUUCAUCGAAUAGAGAUUCAGAUGGUUAACCACAAAAUACAAGACUGAAGCUUCCCUUGUUGCUGUAGAGAAUUCCAAAAUUAUGUUCUUUAAACUAACAUUGGAAGACCAGAGUUCCCAUAAUUUGUUAACUGGAAUUGUUUUGUUGCUUGUACUUUGACAUAAAUGUUGCUCAAUUACUUGUAAUUCUGUUUGAUUCCUUACUGUUUUGGGAGCAAUAGUAUUAAACUUACCUGAAUAAAG